ACAGAGGCACUAGGUUACACCGCUUCCGAAGAACACGGUGAAUUUGCAGCCGCAUCAGGAGCACGGCUUCAGUGUCAGCCCUUGUCUCACCUCGCGAUCGUCCUAGAUGCACCGCUGCAGAUAGCGCAUAUGUAUGCGUAACGUCCGCGCCAAGCGUUAUCCGUAGCUGAAAGCAUAUUAGUGUCCCGGAAGGUCGCUUCGUCUAAGUGUAAGCAAAGUUCUCCGGUGCGUCAGACGAAUGAGUCGGGAACAACGCUUCCAAAGGGGCGUACAAGUCGACGGUGCAACACAUAGCACGGAUUGCGACAGCCCCGGCUUUUCAUCCGUUGACUUCGGAUACAACAGAGACACGGAGUCAACUUUGUGUGUAAGCUUCAGAUGCCUCUCGUGAAAGACCGCAUCGUGCACUCUCCCUUCCCGGACGUCCACAUACCAGAUUGCACAUUGUACAACUUCAUCGCAAGAUUCCUAAAGCGAUAUGCGGACAAGAUUGCCUUUGUGGAAGGGGACGAGAGCAUGAGCUACGCGUUCCUGCAGACGCGCCUGCACCAAUACGCCAUGGGCUUCCACAAGCACGGCUUGAGGCGUGGUGACCGUUUCAUCGUAGCCAUGGACAACACGAUCGACGCGCUGAUCUCCAUCCUGGCACUGAUGUUCUCGGGAUGCGUGGCGUGUUUCGCCAGCGGGCCCAGAACAUCGCAUGAGUUGGUUUAUCAAGUCAAAGACGCCGGGGCAUCGUUCUGCCUCACGGACAGCGAAAACUUGGCGUAUAUCCUCGACGAACAGCAUCGGUGCCGUUUCAAGAUGAUAUUCGUGAUGCGGGACACACCAGGGUUCGUGUCCGUGGCCUCGUUUCGGAAGAUGCCCGAGAUGGCGCUUCUGGAGCUUCAGGAAGAAGACACAAAGAAGGCGCUUUGCGCGAUCGCUUACACGUCGGGCACCACGGGCGAUGCCAAGGGAGUUAUGGUGUCGCAGUACAGUUUCGUAGCCGCUAUCCAGAGUAUCAGGGCAAUGAAGUGCGCCGGUGAAAACGAAGUGCUCAUGGUAUUGUGGAACCUGUACUCCGUGAGCGCGAUACGCCUCUUCAUGGAAGCGCUCUGCAACGGAAGUACGUCGGCAAUCGUGAAGCCGAAGCAUGGAAGUGCAAAGAUAUUUGAAGCGAUCAAGAAGCACAACGUGACGACGCUGUACGGAUCGGCCACACCCUUGCAGCGGCUUGUGCGCGAAGCGCUCAGCGCGGGCGAGACGCUGAAGAGUGUCACACGCGUCGGCAGCAUCGGCGGCACUCUGCCCGAGACAGCCGUGGAGCAAAUGCGGAGCGUGUUCGACCUGCGCCAGCUAGGGCACGCGUACGGGCUCACCGAGGCCGCCGGCUUGGUUCUGGCGCCACCGAUUCAUGACGUCACCGUCGCUUACCUCGGCUACGCGUGCCCUGGAGUGCUCAUCAAGGUGGUUGACGUCACCACAAGAGAGCCCCUUCCUGCUGAAAGAACUGGCGAAAUUUGCGUGAAGAUUCCUAGCGUCAUGAUGGGUUACUUAAACAAACCGGAGCUUACAAAGCAGGUCCUUGACUCCGAAGGCUGGCUUUUGUCCGGAGAUUGCGGCUACUACGACGAGGGCGGCCGCGUGCACUACAUAGACCGGCUCAAGGACACAAUUAAGUGCCGCGGCUUCCACGUUCCAACUCCGGAGCUGGAGCAUCUCAUCAGCUCGAUGGCCGAAGUGAGCGAAGUGGCCGUAGUCGGCGUGCCCUCUGCCGAGUACCAGGAUGCACCGAUCGCGUUCGUUGUGCCCAAGCCCCCCGCCGUCGGAAGCGUUGCUCUCGCCCUCAAGAUCAAGCAGUACGUGGCAGCAAAAACGCCGAGCCACAUGCACUUGUAUGGAGGCAUAGUCUUCACGGAUAGCCUGCCACGGAACGAAAUAGGAAAAGUACUGAAGAGGGAGCUUAGAAAGAUCGCGGCUGACAAAGAUACGAUCAAGCUCUGAAGCAAAUUGCGUAAUAAUACGUCAUGGGCUGGGGUUUGUUCUUUGAACCUGACGCUGCCAUUAACUUGAUAAAUGAUUUGCGUAUUAAUAUGACAUGGACGAAGUUUUGUUAUUUCACGUGCUCGGAAGGAACCCGACGCCGGCGUUAACAGACUGGGAGAUCUUGCGCAAUCCACGCUUGUUUUGCGUCUCAUUUCAAACGUUCCUCUAGUUUGGCAGUUUUGUCUCCUAUAAGGCAGCAAGCCUUUCUUGAUGGCAUAUCGCAGUCAUGAACGUAUCUGCAGUGCACAUAUGGCGGUAAUCGUCGCAUUUCUUGGUACGUCGAAGCAUUUAACUAGUGUCACCACGUCAUUCUCUGACGUGCUCUUUACUGUUCGCUUAUGAUCACGACUACCUUCGUCAGGAACGCUGAGUACUGCUGUAGCACAGAGCACUUGUGUUCAGCUGACAUGAGAGGGGGUCAAGAUGCUUCUGAUAAAUGAAAUGAGUGCAUUUGUUACGCUUAGUGUCCAGUGUUUCAAAACUCUUAUCGGCAAACAGUCCGCAGGUAUACAAGCUGCAUCAAGUAAUGCGAGUGUGAUAUAGUAGCGCCUAAAGUACUGCACUGUAAUCGAUAGAAAAUAAAAUGCUUCUGUACGCAAGUAUUUAACACACUGAA